GGCUCCUGGGACUCGCCGAGCAGGAUCAAGAUGACCACAGCCACCCCUUUGGGCGGUACCACCUUCUUCUCAUUGAACGUGACCACCAGAGAAGAUGACUUUCUGUACAAGAGUUCUGGAGCCAUCGUUGCUGCCAUUGUGGUGGUGGUCAUCAUCAUCUUCACCGUGGUUCUGAUCUUGCUGAAGGUGUACAACAGGAAAAUGAGGGCAAGGCGGGAGCUGGAGCCCAAGGGCCCCAAGCCAGUCUCCCCUUAUGCCCAAGGCCCAAACAGCAGCAGCAGCCAACACCCUGCAAGUGUGACCUUCAGCCCUCCUGACGUCCACGUGGAGACUCGGUGA